AUGGGAAGAAGGUCCCACAGCACCACUGGUAUUACCCACUUCAACAGGCUUGUUAUAAAAAAUGGAAGGAGGUAUUUUCCCUCCUCCACUGUUCCCUCCCUGCCCUCUUCUCCAGUAAAAAAGCGGAACUGCAGCCACCUGGAAAGAGACAACGAAACCGGAAAUGAAGAUUUGCCAUACAUUGAAUACACUCCUCCUCUUGACAAACCACCUCACAGAAAUUCAUCCAAUGACUAUAUGAGGGUCUGGAAACAGACGAAACACAAUCUAUACCUCCAUGAGCUUUUGGAGAGGAAGGCUUCAAUCCAUACAUCCCACUGCCGAGACCCAUUCCACUGGAUUGAACGAUGGACCGGCAUCUUUUAUGAACAGAGCUGGCUCUGGAAAGUAGGAUUGGUUAUCAACCUAGGUCACCAAGGUGAACGGUGCCCGCAAUCAGCCAGAAACUUGGAUGCCGAUAUUGACAUCAAAGAGGACAGAUGGUUUGAUCUUGAAGACCUUCCUAGCACUUCAGCCGAUCCAAAGCCACCAGAUAGGGUUUACAAUGGUGGCUGGGUCAUGACCAUCAUCCAUACUUCAGGUGUGCAUCACCUGCCGGUCGUCUUCUGUGGAUGUUCAGGGGCAGCAGCCAAGGACAUACAGUUGUUCCAUGUUGGGUUGUACCCAUCCACCUACAAGUCUUGCCAGACUGUAUUUACCUUUCAACUCCUCAAUGACUACCUGCUGGAAAAUCUCAAGUGCAAAACCUCGGCCACCCACUACUACUCCAAAUUGAGAAGAAUCACCAACUUUGCAUUUCCGAAUUCCAUUCCGAACCGGUAUCACAAGUUGAUCAGGGUUGGUAGACAAUACCAUAAUCUUACCGAACUGGCUACUUGUGGAUUUGGACACAAAGGUAAGGCUCCAAGACCAGGGGAGAUGGUCUUUUUUUGCAGGACCUGCCCACUGCCUGGAGUCAAUCUGCCUGAUGACUGGAAUGAAAAUCCCCAAGAUCCAGAGAAUUGGAAGUAUACCCAAGGAUUUGUAGCCGAUGGCAAUUUCACAGCAGCACACCAGAAACAGGCAUGA